AUGGCUUGUACAGGUGCCUAUGGGUCUAAGAAGGAUUACUCAAACUUGGAUUUGGAGCAGCAUUAUCAACUGUUCUGCAUUUCUGUGGCUGCCGGGGCUUUUACCAUGGUGACAGCUGCUGGGGCUGAUGGUAGAGGUGGUUUUGGUGUCAGUUCAAUGUACUUUAAUAAGAAUUUACAGAGUCUUUGCCAUUCCUUCUACAAGCUUCACUCUGAUGUUGAUAAAGGAGAUGGUUCCAUCAAAUACAUCUUGUCAGGCGAAGGGGCAAGUUCCAUUUUCAUUAUUGAUGAGAACACUGGGGAUAUUCAUGCUACCAAGAGGCUGGAUCGGGAGGAGCAGGCCUACUACACGCUCCGAGCCCAGGCCCUGGACAGGCUCACCAACAAGCCUGUGGAGCCUGAGUCCGAGUUUGUCAUCAAGAUUCAGGAUAUCAAUGACAACGAACCCAAAUUCUUGGAUGGCCCAUACACGGCGGGAGUCCCCGAAAUGUCUCCUGUGGGGACCUCAGUGGUACAAGUAACAGCAACGGAUGCUGAUGAUCCUACGUAUGGUAACAGCGCCCGAGUGGUCUACAGUAUUCUGCAAGGACAGCCAUACUUCUCAGUGGAACCAAAGACAG